UGUACCUCCCCCUCCCGUCUAGAGCGAUGGUACAGGCCGUCCCCCUGCCCCCGCAGCCCCCUCCCCUGGCGGCGUCCAGUCCCCUCCCAUCCCUUCCGAUCCCUUAAUCCCCUCCCAUCUCCCGCUGUACCUGGGAGCGAACGGCGCCGGAGGCGCACGCACCUCCCAUGGCUCCGGUGGCCCCCGGGCCCCACGGGGGGACGAGUGCGCCCCCAAGGUCCCCGGGACGAAAUCCACGAUGGCAGAGUGUGCUGCCCCUGCCCUUGUUGCUGCUCCUGCUGACCCCGUGGUGCUCAGCUCCUGUUGGCUGCAUCCAGGUCACGGUGUCCAAACCCUUCCAAGUGGUGAUCCUGUUCCAGCCCGUGACCCUUCCCUGCUCCUACCAGCUGUCAGGGGUGCCCACCACCCCCAUCGUCAUCUGGAAGUAUAAGUCCUUCUGCCGAGAUCGCGUUGCCGAUGCUUUCUCCUCAGCCAGUGCUGACACCCAGCUCAACAACCAGCUCGCUGCUGGCAACCCAGGCUACAACCCUUAUGUGGAGUGCCAGGACAGCUCCCGAACAGUGAGGGUGGUGGCCACCAAGCAAGGGAACGCCGUGACUCUGGGCGACUUCUAUCAAGGGCGACGGAUCACCAUCACUGGGAAUGCUGACCUGACUUUUGACCAGACCGCGUGGGGAGACAGUGGCGUCUACUAUUGCUCUGUGGUCUCUGCCCAGGACCUCCAAGGCAACAAUGAGGCUUACGCCGAGCUCAUUGUCCUUGGCAAGACCUCGGGGGUGGCGGAACUCUUACCAGACUUUCAGAUAGGGCCCAUGGAAGAUUGGCUCUUUGUGGUGGUGGUGAUCCUGGCCGCCUUCCUGGUCUUCCUCCUCCUGGGCAUCUGCUGGUGCCAGUGCUGCCCCCACACGUGCUGCUGCUACGUGCGCUGCCCCUGCUGCCCGGACAAGUGCUGCUGCCCUGAGGCCCUGUAUGCUGCUGGUAAAGCUGCCACCUCGGGAGUCCCGAGCAUUUAUGCACCCAGUGUCUACGCACCCAGCACCUAUGCUCACCUCUCUCCAACCAAGGCUCCUUCCCCUGCACCAAUGAUCCCACUAGGUCCCAUCCACAAUGGCUUUGCCGGGGAUUUUGACCGACAGAGCUCAGUCGGUGGCCACAGCUCCCAGGUGCCCCUUCUUCGAGACACAGACAGUUCCAGAAACUCAGAAGUGCGCAGUGGUUAUCGAAUUCAGGCCAACCAGCAGGACGACUCCAUGAGGGUGCUGUACUACAUGGAGAAGGAGCUUGCCAACUUUGACCCUUCCCGGCCUGGCCUGCCCAAUGGCCGGGUGGAGAGGGCCAUGAGUGAAGUGACUUCCCUUCACGAGGACGACUGGCGCUCCCGGCCCCACCGAGGCCCUGCCCUCACCCCCAUCCAGGAUGAAGAUCUGGACUAUCGCAGCCAAAGAAGCCCCCGGGGAUGGGUACCAGAGCAUCCCCGAGAGCGGCACAGAGGCUGGGCAGCCGGGCGGCCCCGUGCCCACUCAAUGGAUGCUCUGGAUGACCUAGAUAGGACCAGCUCUGUGGAAUCGGGAAGGACAUCCCCUUCAGAAAGGGGCCGGAGCCGGGCUUACGGGCCUCCAAGAAGUCGCAGCAGAGACGACCUCUACUCCCGAUCUGGAGACCCCUAUAUCGGAGACUUCAGGUCCCGGAGCCGAACCCCAGAUGUCUCCCGCAGGGACCCACAGGAGAGCCACAGGCGGGCCAAGGACCCGGACUAUGAUGGCCGCUUCUUAGAAGAGGUGCUGAGAAAAAAGGGGGAGAGGAGGAGACCCCACAGGGAGGAGGAAGAAGAACCCUAUUACCCCCCAGCUCCACCUCCCUAUACUGAAACAGAAUCACAGUCAUCCCGAGAAAGGAGGCUUAGAAAGGACCUAGGCCUGAGCCGGGAGAGUCUGGUGGUCUGAGCCGUUGCGGUUCCCCUGGAUUUUUGUAGUUUUGUAUGUGUGUGUCGGGGGAGGGGGGAGGGCGGGGAGUCUCUGUUCUUGUGCUCAAUAAAGUUUUUAAUUACUUGG